UAAGAAGAAAGGUGCCACGCGCUGAACAGAGAUUCUAAUCUCAAAACCUGUCCAUUCCUAUUUGGCUAUUUCCUUCCUUCCUUCCUUCCAUUGUUAAUAUAUUCACUCAAACUCACAGACCCCUCUCUCUCUCUCUCUCACAGGUCCUGCCGCUCCAUUCAAGGUGCUUGGGGACAAAUGGCCUUGGUUACAACUGCUGAAGUCUGCGAUGCACAUUCGUCGCUCAUUGUAAGUGGUGAGCUUCGGGUGCUUGAGCCGAUCUUUCAGAUAUAUGGGCGGCGGCAGGUCUUCUCUGGACAAGUAGUUACCUUAAAGGUAUUCGAAGACAAUGUUCUGGUUCGUGCCUUUCUUGAGGAGAAAGGCAAUGGCAGAGUUCUUGUUGUGGACGGGGGUGGAAGCAAGCGGUGUGCAAUAUUGGGUGGCAACCCUGUAGUUCAAGCCCAGAAUAAUGGCUGGGCUGGUAUAGUGGUCAAUGGCUGCAUAAGAGAUGUUGAUGAGAUUAAUGGCUGUGACAUUGGGGUGAGAGCUCUGGCUUCCCAUCCAAUGAAGGCCAAUAAGAAGGGAACCGGAGAGAAGCAAGUACCGAUAACCAUUGCUGGGACAAGGAUCAACGAUGGGGAAUGGCUUUAUGCAGACACCGAUGGAAUUCUGAUUUCUCAUACUGAGCUAUCUGUGUGAUUCUCAACACCCUCUGGAAUUGAUCGUCUCCCUUGGAAAACAAGCUAGUCCCUGCAGCAUAAAGUUUCUCAGUUCUGGAUGUAUGUUUUUCUACUAUUGUAACUUGGUUGUAUUGCUUCCUUAAUUGCGAUAAUUUACCGUAUUCAGCGACGUACAUGAUGAUCAAUAUAAAUUAUGUUCUGGUUUCUGUUUCUA